UCUCUUUUCAGAAGACAGUCAGAGAGAGAGAGAGGAAAACAAGGAAGAAAAGGAGACCGGGAUCUAGUCUCUCAGUUAAGGUCUGUGCGGGUUAUCUCGUUAUCGCCUUCUUUUUCUCGUCAAGAUGUCUGGUCGUCACGAGAAAGAGAAAGGUGUGAAUGUUCAGGUCAUCCUUCGUUGCAGGCCGUUCAGCGAUGAAGAGCUGCGGAACAAUGCACCGCAAGUUGUGACCUGUAACGACUAUCAGAGAGAAGUUGCUGUCUCUCAGAAUAUUGCUGGGAAGCAGAUCGAUAGGGUUUUUACUUUCGACAAGGUUUUUGGCCCUUCUGCUCAACAAAAGAAUUUGUAUGAACAGGCUAUUGUUCCCAUAGUAAGUGAAGUUUUAGAAGGAUUCAAUUGCACCAUUUUUGCUUAUGGUCAAACCGGGACAGGGAAAACAUAUACAAUGGAAGGUGAAUGCAAAAGAUCAAAGAAUGGGCCAAGUGGACAAUUGCCUCCGGGAGCAGGUGUCAUUCCUAGAGCUGUUAAGCAAAUAUUUGAUACAUUGGAGAGUCAGAAUGCAGAAUACAGUGUUAAGGUCACCUUCUUGGAGUUGUAUAAUGAGGAAAUUACUGAUUUGCUUGCUCCGGAAGAAAUAUCAAAGGUUGCUCUGGAGGAAAGACAGAAGAAGCAACUACCUCUCAUGGAGGAUGGGAAAGGUGGGGUUCUUGUCCGAGGACUAGAGGAGGAAAUAGUUACCAGUGCCAGUGAAAUUUUUACUCUACUUGAGAGGGGAUCUGCAAAACGGCGCACUGCAGAGACCCUAUUGAACAAACAAUCGAGCCGGUCACAUUCUCUCUUUUCCAUUACAAUUCACAUUAAGGAAGCAACCCCAGAAGGUGAGGAGCUUAUUAAAUGUGGGAAGCUGAAUUUGGUUGAUUUGGCUGGGUCAGAGAACAUUUCUCGUUCUGGUGCUAGGGAGGGCCGAGCAAGAGAAGCUGGGGAAAUCAACAAAAGCUUACUUACUUUAGGGCGUGUUAUCAAUGCUCUUGUGGAACAUCUUGGGCAUGUUCCUUACAGGGAUAGCAAGCUCACACGCUUAUUGCGUGAUUCUUUGGGUGGAAGAACCAAAACAUGCAUAAUUGCCACUGUGUCACCGGCUGUUCAUUGUCUUGAAGAGACCUUGAGCACAUUGGACUAUGCACAUAGGGCAAAGCACAUAAAAAAUAAGCCUGAGGUCAACCAAAAGAUGAUGAAGUCAACUCUUAUUACGGAUCUGUAUGGAGAAAUUGAUCGCCUUAAAGUGGAGUUAUAUGCUGCACGUGAGAAAAAUGGAGUUUAUGUUCCUAAGGAGCGAUACUUUCAGGAGGAGAGUGAAAGGAAGGCAAUGGCAGAGCAAAUUGAACAGAUGGGAGCUAUUUUGGAGGCCAAUCAGAAGCAAAUCGAAGAACUGCAAGAGAAAUAUGAUGCUGAAGUUCGUCAUUCCUCUGAUGUGAGCAGUAAACUUGAUACAAUGCAGAAAAGCUUAGACCAUAAAAAGAAGUUGCUGGCUAUGGCUGAAGAAGAACUUAAGAAAUCUCAGUAUGCCUUGAAGGAGCGAAAUUAUGUUAUAUCUGAACAGAAAAAAGCAGAAAAUGCUCUGGCACAUCAGGCAUGCAUUCUACGAUCUGACUUGGAGAAGUCUCUUCAGGAUAAUGCUUUGCUAUUUUCAAAAAUAGCUAGGGAAGAUAAAAUGAAUGCCAAAAAUCGGUUGGUGGUGAACAACUUCCAGUCAGAACUUGCUGAACAAAUUGGUGAUCUAUGUAACAAAGUUGCUACAUCAAUGUCUCGUCAACAUGAGCACUUGCAGUGUAUUGAGAAACUCUGCCAUUCAUUCCUUGAUUUUCAUGACAAUUCGGUUUUGGAUUUAAAGACGAAAGUAGCAGCUUGUAGGUCAUUGUAUAUAUCUCGCAUGGAAGCUGUGCAAAAUGUGGUGCACUUGCACAAGGCAAGCCUUAAUUCUUGCCUGGAGGAGAUUUCAUCUUUGACUGCCACACAUGCAUCUUCAAUUGAGAAAUUUCUAGAUACAGAGGCUGGGGAUGCCAAUUCUAUAUUUGCUGAUCUUCAAGGUACCUUAUCAAGUCACCAAGGAGAGAUGACUCUUUUUGCAAGGGAAUUGCGUGAGAAAUUCCAAGCCAGUAUUCAACAUUCCAGGGAGAUAUCCACCUUUACUCUUGGAGUUCUUGAUGGGCUUGAGGAAGAGUCUCACAAACUUGAAAGCCAUGCAAAUCAAGCUCAUGAGGUUCAGGCAAAUAGUAUUUCCGAGUUUCAGAAAGCUUAUGAGGAGCAGUCGAAGUCUGAAGCAGAUAAGCUUUUAGCAGAUAUGGCAACCUUGGUUUCUAAUCACAUACGUCGUCAAAAAGAGCUGGUGGAUGCUAGGCUUAUUGGUUUAAGAGACACUGCUGCUGGAAACAAGGCAUUUUUGGAAGAGUGUGCUUCAUCAAUGGAGGGUAUAACCACUAAUGCCAAAAGGAAGUGGCAGUCCUUUUCGAUGCAAGCAGAGAAUGCUGCUAAAGAUGGUGCUGAUUUUUCUGCUGCCAAACAUUGUCGCUUGGAGUCAUUCCUACAGAAAUGUAUAAGCACCACAGAUAACGCUUAUAAGCACUACAAGAGGAUACAUGAAUCCGUGAAUGAGAUGAACAGUGGCCAUGUUUCAGCUGUGGCAUUGCUUGUUAGGAAUGCCUCUGAAAGUAAUGACCAACAUGAUGCUGAGAUCUGUUCUGCGAGGGCUGCAGCAGAGCAUGAUGUGGUGAACUCUAGUGAAGAUAUUCUAAAGCAGUUUGAAAGUGUAUCAGGCGAAGAUCGGAGAUCAAUCUCUGGUAUCAUGGCUUCUGUUGACACUCAUGCAGAAACCAUGCAGAAGCUUCGGGAGGAUCAUUUGGGUCAGGCAGCAGAGAUUAAACAGAGAGCACAAGACACUUUCCGGCAGAGAUACAUGGACUAUGAACCGACUGGUUCCACUCCAACAAGAACAGAGCCAGAUGUCCCGAGCAAGGGGACGAUUGAGUCUUUAAAGUGCAUGCCCAUGGAGGCCCUCCUCGAGGAGUUCCGAGAAAACAAUCCAUUCGAAGCAUUGGUCUCAAAGGAGUCAAUGCCUUCUCUGAUACCGCGCUCACCUCUCAUUCAACUGAAUUGAAGCCGUCGUGAUUUCUUCUCAUCUACUCUGCAACUUGUAACUUUUUUUGUAUGUUAUUUUUGUAGCUGAAAGAUAAGAAGACUGGGUAAUGCCGUAAUGGGGGUGACAAUGUAGCUGUGUUGUGUUUUGGAGGGCUAUUAUUUGGGAGAGAAUAUUACAAAUUAUAUCAAUAAAUGAUAAAUCUCAGCUCGGGGUUUACAAAAAAUUUGGAUGUAUUGUAAAUUGGGCAAAGCUUCACAUGUUUGGGUUCAGAGAGGGUCUGUUUUAUUGCCACAUUCUCUGAGCGGUUUGCUCCAUUUAAGAAUGAACCUAUUUAUAUC